ACUAAUAUAAAUCCCCUUACACCCUUUUUCUCAUAUCUUCAUACAUCACCAUACCAACCCAUUUUUAAUUUGAUCAUCAUCUUCUUCUUAUUAGGUUUACAUUUUUUAUUUUCUUUUUUUUUUCUCUUGUUAAAAUUUUGCAAUUUGAGUUAUGAAAUUUGGUAAGAGGUUGAAGCAACAGAUUCAAGAUUCCCUCCCCGAAUGGAGGGACAAGUUCUUGUCGUACAAAGAACUGAAGAAGCUUGUGAAGCUCAUUUCGGCCGCGCCAACGCGGCGAAAUGAAUCUUGGCGUGGCCGAAAUGAGUCUUUGGAGUAUGGCAAGGCUGAGUCUGAUUUUGUGUACUUGUUGGAUAUUGAGAUUGACAAGUUCAAUGGCUUCUUCAUGGAGCAAGAAGAAGAGUUUGUUAUUCGCCAUGAGAACUUAAAACAGAAGAUAAAGAGAGUGGUUGAUUUAUGGGGACCAAAUGGCAUUCACCCUUCAGAAGAGAAUUACAAGGAGGAGAUGGAAAAAAUCAGAAAAGCAAUUGUUGAUUUCCAUGGUGAAAUGGUUCUCUUAGUAAACUACAGCAACAUCAAUUACACAGGGCUGGCUAAGAUUCUGAAAAAAUAUGACAAGAGAACAGGAGGACUAUUGCGUUUGCCAUUCAUUCAGAAAGUUUUGGUGCAACCCUUUUUCACAACUGAUAUAAUCUCAAACCUAGUGAAGGAAUGUGAGAGCAUAAUUGACACAGUGUUCCCAGCAGAGGAAGCAGCUGAUAGAGCAAAAGAAGCCAUUGUUGUGGCAGGGGAAGGUAUUUUCAGGAACACUGUUAAGGCUUUGCUUACAAUGCAAGAAAUAAGAAAAGGGAGUUCCACUCAGAGUCCUUUUUCUUUGCCUCCUCUUAAUUUGCCGGAUUCUGAUCUCAUCCAAUCAAUACAACUCAAUGCUGCAGUUCCAAUUGUGUAGGGGAAAAAAAUUGAAUUGGUUAUGUAUAAAAUCGUCAUAGUUAUUACCA